GGCCAGCAUCCGACACGUAGGCAGAGUCCGGUGUGGCAAUAAUAAUGAAAUAAAAGGAUCUUUUCUGCCAAAAGGAACAUGCUAGUGAUGUCCCGUCCUGCUCUUCUCGUGCGGCAGAAAGGGCACCAUUCUCCUCCAUCAUAUUUCCUUAUCAAGUAGUAAAACAUACUUGAUUAUAUCGUUUUGAUGGAUGACAAAUAUGGGGAGAGGGAAAGUGGAGCUAAAGAGAAUAGAGAAUCCAACUCGUAGGCAAGUAACCUUCUCAAAGAGGAGAAAUGGGCUUCUGAAGAAAGCUUUUGAGCUUUCAAUUCUGUGUGAUGCUGAAGUUUCCCUCAUUGUUUUUUCCCCGACCGGAAAGUUUUACCAGUUUGCAAGUCAUGAGUCAGUAGUUCUUCUUCCUCCCAUGAUGGAAAGGACGAUCGCUAGGUACCGGAGUGAAGCCGGCCUGUCUGGACCAAAUGACUCACACACUAGAUCCUUGGAGUUUUGGAGACGUGAGAUUGAAGAGUUACAGAAAACUAUAAAUGAAACGGAAGCACAGCUUAGGCACUGUAUAGGAGAAGAUAUAGAAAUGUUGGGGAUGAAAGAGUUGAAGCAGCUAGAACGACAAUUAAAGACAGGAGUAGAACGUGUCCGCUCUAAGAAGUUACGCAUCGCCGCAGAGCACGUCAACUGGUUGAAAGGAAAGCAAAGAUCCAUUCAAGAGGAGAAUGCUUGUCUGAAGAAAAGAUUGCAUGAGCUGCAUGAUGGCAACAUAAGCUCGAGGAUUUGGGAACCAAAUGCACGUAAAGCGAUUCAGCUGAGGACGAUUGAUGAUGGAUCUCACCAUUAAAGAGUCGCUAAUUGGAGCUGUAAAAGAAGCUACACUCUUCAAAAUGAGCCUCAUAUCAUAUCAUAUCAUAUGCGGUAGUGUGUACGUACGUACGUGGUGAUAAUAAAUUGAUCUCCUCCUUCGUUU